CAAGAGGACUGUAAAUCUCCUGAGACCGGAACGACCAUCCACCAAGGCCGCUGCCUAAAUCUACCCUGCGAUCUGAUAUUUCCCAAUCGAAUGCACAACAGGGCGAAUCAGCUUUGUGAGCAGGUUGUUGUUGUGACAGCAAGAGCCUCAGGCCCAUUGGUUCCAACUGAAGACGGACAUCUAUGAAAGCAGAUCAACUAUCAGAUGGUUGCAUUUCCUCAUCAGUGAGGACCGCAGACAGGCUUUUCCGGUCACUCCGGUGAUAGAGAGGAGGCACCGCUGCCCGCCGCAGAGGACAGGAUGAGACCGUCCGGACUGGACCGCUGAGACCGACUCAAGCUCCAUGACUCUCCACCGUGAAGACUAGAAGGCAUCCAGACUGCUACAGUUUAUAAUCUUGACAUGAUGGGGGGGUCACUCUGGAUUUCCACGGAAGCAGCAUUCAGAAGAAGGAGCUUCAUCGCGGUUCUACCUCUGGUUUUGUUGUUGUCAGCAGCGAGAGUCAGGGCACAGUUUAUGGGAAACUCUCUGGACUGUCACAAGACUUGUGUGUGCGCCAGCAACAUCAUCAGCUGUCCCAAUAAGAAUUUAACCAACGUUCCCAUCUCUCUCCCACAGUACACAGCUGUUCUGGACCUCAGCUUUAACUCAAUCACCAGGCUACGUGCUGAGUGGACCUCCAACAAACUCAGUAAACUGCACACUCUGCUGCUCAGCAACAACAACCUUAACUUCCUCUCCUCUGAGGCAUUUGUGUAUGUGACGAAGCUUCGUUACCUGGACCUUUCCUCGAAUCACCUCCGCAUGCUGGAUGAGAAUAUUUUUGAGCCGCUGGAGCACCUGGAGGUGCUACUGCUUUACAACAACCGCAUCUCUCAGAUAGAUCGCACUGCCUUCUCUAGCCUCUUGAGCCUGCAGAAGCUCUACCUGAGCCACAACCAGAUCUCACGCUUCCCCAUGGAGCUGGUGAAGGAGCGGAGCCGGCUGGAAACUCUCAGGCUGCUGGAUGUGUCCUCCAACCGAAUCAAAGCCCUGCCCCUCCAUGAGAUUCAGGCUCUGCCCGCCUGGAUCAAGAAUGGCCUGUACUUCCACAACAACUCUCUGCCCUGCAACUGCGAUCUGUAUGAGGUGGUGGCACGCUGGUACCUCAAGGAGCUCAGCUCUGCCACUGACUUCAAGCUCAGUCACACCUGUUUGUUACCAGGCCCACAGAAAGAAAAAAUGGCCAUUAUGGAUCUGGACAAGGUCUAUUUGAACUGCACUGAGGUCAGAAUUACAGAUGAAAUAGCCUAUCUGGAGCAGUUCCUGGUCCUGGACUGUGACACCAGGCAGAAGGACAUGAUGAAGAACUGGACGCUGCCUGGAAACAUCCCCUUGCCUCCAGCACACAAGACUGCUGAGAUGCGUAAAGACGGCAGCCUCCAGAUUGGCCCCCUGAAGGCAGAGGACUCAGGGGUCUACACUUGCUACGCCACCAGCGACUCCUUCAAUGAGACGCUGUAUGUUACUGUAGUAGUGUUUAAUACCACCUCGAGUGGUGGACUGGAGAACCUAAAAACGGCUUACACCACCCUCGUAGCAUGUCUGAUCAGCGUAGUGAUGGUAAUCAUCUACCUCUAUUUCACACCCUGCCGCUGCGCUUGUUGUCCGGAUCAGGGCCUGGAGAAGAACGAGCCCGGGGACAGCCUCCACUCUUCAACUGUUAGCAUCUCACAUGAGGAGACAGGGCAAGAAAGAGUGGAAGGCGGAGGCUUCCCAUAUAGACACGUGGCCUUCCUGGAACCCAAGGACCAGCUAGAACAGAACGGGCGGUUGAACCCGAUAGGUGAGGAAGACGAGGAGUGGCAGGGGGACAACAGGGAGAGAAGGAGGUCUGACGCAGAGUCUGUCAGCUCUGUGUGCUCCGAUACCCCCAUGGUGGUGUAAAAGUCAGAGGUACAGCCCGCAGGGUAAGACAGAGAUGGUUUAACCUGCGUGGCUCCUCCACAGAGGUUUGUGUGUUAUGAAUGUGUGCAAGAUUCAAAAGUUAGCAUCUUCCAAACAGAGUUAAAGCUUUAGUUGGCUCUCACAGCUGGUGACACUGUUGCAGUAGCAUGUACUGCUGAUAGAAAAUAAAUUAUCAGUGCAAUGACUCAAUAAAAAACAUUUAGAAAUACCCAAAAACAUUCUGAUAAUGCCUAGAAAUAUGGUUAAAAUAAUUUCUGACCUUAAAUAUUUUUGAUGAAUGCAUUUAUCUCAGUUGUCAUACAGGACUGUAAUUGUUAUUUCUGCUAUUAAUUUUCAUAUUAUUAUUAAGUGUCAGUUUAACUGCAAAUUAUUGACUGGUCCUGCAAGAAUUUGCUAUGCAAUGUAUAUUUUUAAGUCCCUAAGAAAAUUAAAAAGAUACCAACUCUAAGUAGUAAUUGCUCAGAGACAACAAACAGCAUGAAAGCAUUUUAUUCCUUAACUUAGCUGGCUUCUGAAUAUCCUGAGGCUGCACUUUAAAGUUAUCCAGCUUUUUUAUGCACUGGGGAUGAUGGUACUACAAAGAUUAGACAUUUUAAAGAUGUUGGACAGAAGCUACUGCUUGAAAGAGACACUUAUCUUUAUGCAGAGCUUGCAGAGCUCACUUAAUUACUACUGCAAGAUGUUUAAUAUUAAUGCUACGUUUUACAUUCCUGUUUGGUUUUGACGGCCUUUAAAGGACACGGUCCUGUAAGGAUUACUCUUAUGCAAUUUUAUCUAUUUGUAUUAUUUCAUAUUCGAGUGUGAUUUAAUGCUCAAGUAAUAAUAUGUGUGUUUGCAGUAACUGACCUUGUUAGUGUUUUUAAAUACUGCUUUGACAGUAUCUUUAAAUCAGUAUGCAGGUCUAUUUUAAGUCAGUUUGGAUUCAGCAUGAUCACAGAAUCAUCAACCCAACUUGUGAAACAUAUUUACUGUAAUUCAUUUAACAACAGGUUAUCAGACUACGUCCAGUCUUAUUAUCAGUCGUUCAUGACCACAUACACACUGUAGUAUUACUGAAACUCAUAUCUAGUUGUUUUCAUCAAUAUAAAUACAACUGUUGACUAUUAAUAGAACAUGAAAUAUUGAUUUAAGAGCAGCCACUUAUUUCACCCAGUGAUUUAAUUAAAUGAUACUGCAAAUAUUAAGAAACACAUGUUUAAUAUUGAUGAGAUCCAGUAGUAUGGAAUAACUGACUAAUUCUUAAAGAUAUUGAUCACCUGAUUGAAACAUAUCUGCUUAUUCAAACCAUUUUAUGGCCUAAUAUGCAUUUAUGCCUUUCUCUUUAAAGAGGAUGUAUCUUUCAGACCACCUGUGUUCUGACUCAUCAGGGAGUCCCAGAACUGCUCUACUGAAAUAGACUUCAUUGAUACAAUAACAUUGCCAGUGGGGUCUGCAGAGAUAUCACACAGUUUCUGGUUCAGAAAAAUAAGCACUGUAAUAAGCUAAAGCUCAUUUAAAGCAUAAACAUUCCACAAGUCACCCGACUGUCUACUGUCAGUGCAGCUGCUGCAGGUUGUGUCUUCUGAUGGCAGAUUUCAGCCCCAAAUCUUCAGUUUGAACUGUUUAGAAAGGAUCAAUAAAUCAUGUUCAAAUAACAUUGUAAUGCCAAUUCCAGUUUAGACAGGAUAUAUGACAGUGAGCUCAAACAAUAAAUGAACAUCCUGUCAUAUUGGAUGGUUAAUGGCAGCCAGGAAGCAUCAGCCCAAGGGAAACAACUGUGAGCGAGUACCAUCUACUGAAUGCUUCUGGGCCUUAGAGCCCAACCCUGAACGAAUCAGCGAAUCAGCAAAUGCCAGCCAGUCAGCCGGCCAGCGGUCUCAUAAACAUAGUCAGAAAUAGCAGCUAGUAGUGCAGCCAAGACAGCUGAAAUGUAAAUCUAGAAGAAACAGUUUUCAAACACACGUCUUCAUUUUGUUAACAUUACUAAAAUACCUUCAAAUUGUUGAUUUUAGAGGCUUGCAAUAGAACUUCAAUGGUGUCACCACCAUACGGGAUAAACCACUGGAGGAUAUAGAUCAGAGUCCUGUCUGAAAAUUAAGUUUUCACAAUUUAAAUUCACUCUGUUGCUGGUUAGAGUAAUACUAAUAAUAAUAACAAUACGAAAAUAAUUACUCACACUAAUAGAAUAAUAUUUUUUUACCGAAUAAAUUCAGGCUGCUCAUUAGAGAUCACACACAAUAAAAUACACGAGUCACAGAUGAUAAAUGUAGCAAUGUACAGUAAAUGAACUUUGAUUUUGAAAUAACUAUUAUUUUUAUCCUUUCAUGGUGCUUUUUCAAGAUAAUUUAGGUGAUCAACACCGUCAUUAAAUGUCUACAGGAAUUAUAGCGUUGAAAAUUGUCAUGACAUUGUGAGCGUAGUCUAAUAGCAUAAUAAUGUAGCUACAUUCUGAGGAAGUUUAUUUAAUUAUAUCAAAAAAGGGACACGUCUUAUGUAUGCUAAUGUUGUACAUAUAUCUUUUGUUCCUCUGACAGUUAACCAAAGACUGAGUUACAUGCUGAGAAUUAAUAACCUACAUGUUCAGUGUUUACAGUCAGAACAGUUAUAUUGUCAUUAGUAUGUUACAUACUGCAUUUCUGUGUGAAGCCACUUAUAUUUCAAUAUAUGCAAUCCUGUAUAAGGACUUAUUGUAUGUUAUUAUUUCCUGUAUUAUAUCUUGUCUAUUGUUGUAUUGUUCCUGUAUUUCAUAAACUACUAAAAAAUAA